UGGUUGUAGCCUGUGCUACUCCAGCAUCAUGACCAUAAUCAGCGACUGUUUUCACCAGCAUUUCGCUCUGGCUUGGGGAAUUGCAUGGUCAGGAGGAAGUGUCGGGAUAGUGACUUUACCCAUCGUUAGCGGCUUCCUGAUCGACCAUUACGGAUGGAGGGGGGCUCUGCUGGUCAUCAGUGCGAUACAAGCAAAUAUUUUGGUGUGCACAAAGUUCAUGAAGCCGACCCCCAGUUGUCAUACGUCAACAAAUCUGGUCAAUGGUGAACGGAAGAGUUACGGCAGCCUUGAAAAUCAAGCAAGCCACGAGACAGGUUCUUUGGAGGAGGAGGUGGAAAUUGACGAUGGCAGUAUAACUCGUCUCUUCCAGAAUCAAUCUAAAUCAAGUUUUGGAAUAGAUACUCAUACCAAAGACGAUAAACUGGCCAAGGACAAGACGUGGCUGGAGAAACUCGUGCAAUUCCUGGAUCAUGCUGGUGUGUCACUCAUCUGGACCAAUCGGGUCUUUGCCAGUUUCCUUCUGCUACCCAUACCCACGUCGAUAGGAAACUCCGUCACUCUGCUUUUCCUCGUUGCUCGUGCAGAGUCGGUCGGCAUUCCUGGGCUGCAGGCCGAGCUACUGCUCUCCUUGGUUGGAGCAGCCAAUAUCGUCGGUAAUUUGACCAGCGGUCCUCUGGUGGGUGCUAAUGUUGGAGAACUGGCAUUCUUCCACGGUUUUUUCGCGGCAGUAGUCAGCGUUUCUGCCAUCGGCAUCGCUAUCCUAGAGAGCUAUGCCUUCUUCGUGGUCUACGCAGCGUUGUACGGCUUUUCAUCCGGUGUUUACAUCCCCUUGGCUGGGGUAAUGUUGCGUCGAAUUGUUGGACAAGAAAGGUUUCCUGGAGGAUUGGGUAUCGUACUCAUUCUGGUUGCCAUUGGCGGCAUGCUGGCCGCAUCUAUCAGCGGAUAUUUACACGACAUUACUGGCAGUUACAGUGGCUGUUUCUACCUUCUCGGUGUGGGUGCUGGUCUCUGCGUGGUUCUGUUAGUGGGGCUUCACCUGCUGUGGACUAGAGUGGUUCCAGAUGACCGAUGGCCGACACUGUCCAACGUCUCACAAUGAGCUCAAUGUCCCCUAAACUAAGUCCAUUAUCAAUAUGUUUGAGUAUUUAAUUUUGUUUUUCAAAAAUCUCUGAUAAAAUGUUUUUCAGAGAUGAUAGACAUAAUAUGUAUUCCUUACUUUUCCUGAGGUAUGUCAAGGUUUAUUCAAAAAAUGUUUGAUCAAAGACAAUCUGAAUGGCUACUCGACAUUACUUACUCGGAAGAUAAAAGAAAAGAUAGCCACCUCAGUUUUUAUAUACUACCUGGGAUCAUAAAAGGUUUCUCCUUUUCGUUGUUUAUAGGCCUACCUAUGAUCAGAGGGUGCUGGUCAUUCUUAAUUUCUCUGAGAAUUAUAGUUGUAACAGGUGUCAACACUUCUGUCGUGCAUACUUCGCGUCUUGUUAAAUUUACAGAAUUUACGAACGAGACUAGCUCUCACCAGGAACAGCCUUUCGAUUUGUCACUCCCUGACGCAUUUGACAUCAGAAUGACAAUAUGCAUAGGUAAUAAUAUCCCAGCGAUAAUCUAUAAAGAUGACGACAUCCCGAAGGUAUAUGUCGUCAUUCGGAGAUAAAAUACCAAGGGGUGGUAAUGACCUGCUCCGAGAAUGUCGACAUCAUGUUACUAUCACAGGUUUACAACAGAAAAGUAACGUGAUACUGGGUCCUUAGUGCCCUGCAGUUCCCACAAAAUGCAAGGAAUGGGACACAGACACAGGAUUUCAAGCUCAACUAGUGAAAUGCCUAUUUACUUCACUUUAGAUGGAAUUUCAGGCUAUUCAUGGUGAAAGACAGCAGUAGGUAGAAAGGCUUGCAGGAGAACCAUGCGAGAGAAUAUAUAUAUAUAGUUUGGUCCUGAAAAGAACCGUUCUUUCCGGAACCACACUUACUCAUAACUUACUCAGAAUUAUAUUCCUUCGCCUGGUGCUACCGCAAGCCUUUCCACCUAUUACUGCAUUUUAAAUUACUCCUAUGACGACACCCUACACAGAAAAGUUUUGUUGUUCUUGACCCUGAAGGAGCAACAAAUUGAUAGACACGGAAAUCACAGUUGUGACAACGAUUUGUUACAACGUCAAGCAGAAUUCUCUUCAAGUCAGGUACGUUGUUUUAGACGGCUUAUUUUCUGAUGUUCUCCAUGAAUUUUUCAUUGGCCGCGCUUAAAUUUUCUGUCUUGUGUUUAGUGGAGAUUAAAGAUUUUUCA